CUAUAGAUUAAUGCUAAAUAACAAUUUUACAUAAACCGCUUGCAGUAUAACAUAUUAUUUGUAUUUACCUAUUCACAGUACUCAAGUAACCACAAUGAUCCUCUUACAUGUAGAGUAUUACGUGUUAUACUAAACUACAUAUUUAAGAGGAUCAGAAACAAUAAUUCAACUGAAUGGAAAUCUCAAUAUAAUGUAAACAAAAAUUGCAAAGUUGAGUAUGGAGUUAACAAUAAUUUAACACCGUAAUCAUUACGUUUAUACUUUGCAGGUGUUGCUUUUUUAUGGACAAAAUAUACAUUUUCAAGAUGAAUACUCCUACACCGUCUGCUUCGUGUUCCAGGUCUGAGAAUAAUCUGAGCUCCCCAGACCCUCAGAACAAUAUAGUGGCUAAACAGCCAAUGAGUGCAACAUUACGGGAACGUUUAAGAAAAACACGAAGAUCUUUUAGCUCUGUAUUUUCUGUAGCAAAACGACUCAAAAUUGAUGACACUGAAAGUACAAGCUCUGUAGACGCUGCUUCUGACGUUCCAGCUCAAGUGGUUGAGUGUGAAAAAUCAACGUUGGAAAAAACACAGUCAAUUAGCGUUGCCUGCAAAUCAAAGCUCCUUAGUCCUUGUAAAUUAACCCCAUCAACCAUUUUCAAGAAUGAGAAUAUUAAUCAAGAUAUGUUUCAGGAGAAGAUGUUGCUCAAACAAAUUAAAGAGAAAGAAGAGAUUUUGAGGCAGCUGAAAAUGGUUAAAUUAUACAGAUCCAAGAACAACUUAGCUGAGCUACAGAAAUUGAUAGAAAAAUGGAGGAAAGCUUGCCAGUGUAUGAUUUAUGAACUCCAAGCAAAUUUAUCAACAGAGAACAGAAGACUUACCCUUACUGAAUUAAUGGAUAGCUUUGGGUUAGAUGAUACAUUACUAUCCUACAACCGAGCAGAAGAAGAUUUUGAAGAUAUUUAAGCAUUUUACAAAAAGCUUUAACAUUAAAAUGGAUCACAAGCACUUUGUUAUAAUAUCAGAACUUUAAUAUAUUAUGUUUUGUAUUUUACUUUGUUGUCUACUCUCAAAAACAUUUUUGUUUGGAUAUUAAAUGUUUUAUUUUUU